UAACCCCCAGGACCUUUUUUUACUUCCAAAUCCUUGAUUCCCAUUCAUCUAUCUCUUUCCUUCACGGCCAGAGAACUAAAACCGCGGGACGAUUCAUGUUGGAGAUAUAGCGAUUAUCCGGGUCGAUCAUGCAGUUUCCGGAAUGGCUGGUCUGGUACAAAAAGCCGGAGUAUAGGAACUUCAAGGAAUACGCCAACAAUGCCAGCUCUGGAAAGAGGUCACCAAGUCCAUAUGCGGGAAGGGAGGGAAUGAUACCGAGUCGACUACGACUCGAGCGUAUACUUCAAAACAAGACAUGUAGUCCAAUGUCACUAUACGACUUUUACAUGUAUCUCAAGUACAUUGAGUUUUCAUCCGAGAAUCUCGAGUUCUAUAUCUGGUUCAAGAACUACGAAGAGUCCUACAGCACAGGUCUUGCCUACCGCUACGAGAAAGACUCCGACGGCCUGGCCAAGACGGCGUCAGAAAGCGGAAGCGUAUCGUCGUCUGUCUUCAAGAAGAGCCACUACCAGCCCAGUGAUGGCGAAGGAGACGAAGACUCUGAGAAGGCCACAACAGCGGGAGAAACCCUCCGUCGCAUAUCCUUGCUGAUCGCCGCCUCCGCCCCUUGCGCCGCCAGCGUCGCCCACCCAUCCUGCCGUCCAUGCGGUCCCUGCGCCCCAUCAUCCAACCUCGCGUUCCCGACGACAACCUUCUUCAACAACUUCAACAACAGCCGAACCGCCGUCCUCGCGAGCGACCCGACCCCCGACCCUUCCGACCCGGCCAACAAGUCCACCACCCUCGGCCUUCUCGCCCCUCAACCGGGCCCCAUCCCCCCUUCCGAAAUCCAAACGAUCAUCACCCUCUUCCUCUUGCCUUCGUCACCAAAGGAACUCAACCUCCCCAUGUCCCUCCGCCGCUCUGCUCUCGACGCACUUGCUGCUACACCCCACGGCACGCUACCGGACCCGAAAAUCCUCCGACCGAUCGCCGACCAUGUCUACCACUUACUUCACUCGUGCUCGCAUCGCAACUUCGUCAGGCUGGGAGUGAGCAACGGGACGUUUGAGACCAUCUGCUUUGCUACGUUCCUGGGUUUCGUGUCACUGGCGUUGGGCUUCCUGGUGGUUCUGGUUAGGGCGUUCACGGAAGGCAGAGGUGCAAGGAGCAGGUGGGAGAGUUUCGACGGGUUUGGGUUUUGGGUGGUGGGGAUGAGUUUGGUGUUGUGCGGAUUGAGGGGUAGCUGUUUCUUUUUGUUGCUGUUCUCGAGGAGACAGAGGUUGCCGUGGGAGAGGUUGAACGAUGGGGAGAAGACGGAAGGGGUAGAGAUGAGUGGUGGACAGGAGGAAAAUGAGGAAGGGAAGGAGACAAAGAGGAGGUCUGUAAGACAGAGGGUAGGCAGGAUGAUGAUCUUUGAUAAGAGAUUGAAGGUGCAGGAACGGAGUCUGAGGAGGUUGCAGAGGAAGAUUGUGGCGCAGAGUAUGGUGGGUGGAACGAUCUUUGCGGCGUUGUCGACUGUGGUGUUCUUUUUGCUUCCGAUAUGGAAGGAGAUGGUUUGUGAUGACGGAUGAAGGAUGCGUGGUGUCGGGGUUUGGUGUUCUGCUCCCAUAAGGAAGGUCCUUGUCUGUUUUUCGUCCAUAUACCCCUAAUAGAGCGUUUCGUCCG